CAGCAGUAGAGUAGAAGAUGAAAGCUUUGGAAGAGUUGUGUAAAGACGUGCGUGAAGUUUUAAGAUAUCAAGCUUGUGUUAUUUUCUCUUAUUAGCUGCUGGUGGUGUCUCUUUCAGAUGCGGUAUAUGCGGCGACAGUUUAUGGUGUAUUAACAAAACGGAUUAAACAAUGGAGAAUGGGCAAAGCCGCCUCCGUCAGGCCCAGGAGGAUGUGGAGGAAAUCAAAGUUAUCAUGCUGGAUAACGUGAACAAGGCUGACGAGCGUGCGGGAAAACUCUGGGAGCUUGAGGACCGAGCUGAUAAACUACUUGAACAUAGCGAAAAAUUCUCAAAGACCUCGACUAAGGUGAAACAGAAGAAGCGUUGGGAGAAUAUUAAGUACAAAGUGAUAAUAGCAGCAGUUGUAGCUGCAGUGGUGCUUGGCAUUAUUGUGGUUGUGGUCUUUAUAUAUGGUUAGUUCACCCAAAAAUGAAAAUUAGCUUGUUAUUUACUCGCCCUCAAGC